CAUCGAUAGGACGGCAAAAUCACACCCCAACCUACUGGAAUUUCCCCCUGGACACAACACCUACUUAUUCUUCACAAGGACGUUCUCUAUUCAGCUUGUCUAUCUUGGAGCAAAAUCCUUGCGCUCGUGUCAGGAUGUCGGAAUUUUCCGUGAAUGACCAUCUCGAAGGGAUUUUAUCAGAUUUUGAAGCACUGAAGAGAUCAUUUGAUGUUGAAGAUGUGGAAGCUGUCCCAUCCUUCUCUACUGCUUGCCCUGUCUCCACCAAUGUUCCUCCCUCUUCCAGCCAUUUCUAUCACAACCACCACAAGUCCAAUGAGGAACAGCAAGGAGGAGAUCCAUCUCCUUCAAGUAAUUUCCAGGGGUCUAUAGGCAAUCACCCCCAUAGCAACCUGAGUCCUAAACCUAGUCAAGUACUAAAGUCACGUACUAUUGGCAGCAGCCUGUCCUUCAACCGUGGGACCAUGUUUCAGCCUCCCAUCCACAAAAAUGGCUCCUUUGUGGCCAGAGCUGCAUCUUUCCAGAGCAGGUUGAACCCAAAUGGUUACUCAUUUUUCUCUGGGCCAGGUAGUGACAAUGACAGUCUUCACAGCUCAACAUCCAGCCUGGAGUUUACUGGAGGGGGUGGGAAUACCCUCCCACCCUUUAAGCUUGGAUCAUAUCCUAGUCCUACAUCUCAGAGGGAGUACCAGCAAACCCAUCCACAGCUACUUCAACAACACCUAGAGGAAAGUUCCAGCUUGAGAAGCAACCCCAACCUGAAGAAGUUCUCCUCCCAUGGUAAUGUAUUCCACUCUGAGAUGGACUCAGGGCCAGAGGUUCUACUGGGUGUUCCAGAGCCCUGGGGGGCUAACCAUGGAUCAAUGCCAAGCCUAGACCUUCAAAGUUGUGAUGGAGAGGGAGGAAAGUUGAAUAUUCAGAGAGGUGGAGAUGGUAAUAUGAUGUCCUCAGGAUUGAGGCAUGCUAAUUCAAAUGCCAGCUGGAAUGGUUGUCGUCAUAAUGCCACCUUCUUUGUGGACCAGGACUCCAAAAACAUCAACCAGCAAGGGCUCCAGAUUCUUAAGACCCCUGUGCCUAAGGGAACUCCACGUCUUAACAAGUUUCCUUUGGAUCUGGACAGCUUUGUAACCAGCACCUCACCUUUUCCAACCAAGGUGACAGGAGGCUACACAACUCCUAAUUCCCCAAAGCCUAGUCAAAGGAGCAUAGCAGGCACCGAACACCCCACAAGUCCCACAUCCACCUCAGUUAGCUGUUCAGAGUCUCUGAGCAGCCUGGACAGCUCUUCUGACACCCCUCCCCUUUCUGUCAACCAUUUAUUAGAGCCCCUUUACCCAUCUUCACUUACUCUAUUACAAAGCUCCAUGCCUGCCCACAAGUUGAGUUGCUCACUGCCCCCCCUCUCCCCAAGUCAUGGUCCCCAGCUGGAGAUUGUUUCAGAGCCAAAAAGUGUCCAGAUUGUUUCAGACCUGUGUACCCCUCACAUCUCAUCCAGCCCUUUCAGCUCCAAAGCUACUGAGUCUUUAGAAGAUGGCAUAGCAUGUACCAGAGAUACUGUCGGCUCCAUCUUGCAGAGGAUUGCUUCCUUCUCUCAGCAUGCUGCAGUUGUCAUUGACCCAGCAGCUGAGUCCCAGCAUCUUACAACCCAAAGCAGUGGUGGGUUGUCAUCUUCAUUUGGGUGUCCUGCUGAGAGUACUCCCAUACGUGUGUGUAAAUGGGGCAAGACAAGCCAGGAAGAAGCAUCAGGAGAGGUAGAGACAGACUUGAUCAUCCCAAUGGAGGAGAGCCAUGAGAGGGAAGAAGGCAUCAUGGGACAAGAAAAAGAAGGUAUAGGCAAGAUUCAAGGACAAGCAGGAAGCAUGAAUACUGAGAACUCCAUGACAGAAAGGGGAAAAAUCUGUAAUGAGCUCCAUACAGAGAUGGAUGAGAAGAGGAGGGAGAAGGGAAUGGAGGAAGGACAGAUGAAGAAAGAAAAUGAGCCCAAAACUGAUGUACAGGUGGAGCUCUGUCAAUCUGAACAAAGCUUGCAGAUGAGCUUUAUCAGUGGCAGUGACCUGUUUGGCUACAUUGGAAUCGAAGCAGUACUAGACCAAAUGAGGAACAAGACCAUGAAAACGGGCUUUGAGUUCAACAUUAUGGUGGUUGGACAAAGUGGUUUGGGAAAAUCCACACUGGUCAACACUUUGUUCAAAUCCAAAGUCAGCCGGAAGUCUUGCACACCCAACUAUGAGGAACAGAUCUCAAAAACUGUAAAACUACAUUCAGUCAGCCAUGUGAUUGAGGAGAAGGGUGUGAAGAUGAAAUUGACAGUGAUUGAUACUCCAGGAUUUGGAGAUUAUAUCAACAAUGAUCACUGUUGGGAGCCCAUAGUGAAGUAUGUUAAUGAGCAGUAUGAGAAAUACCUGAUUGAGGAGCUGAAUGUCAACCGUAAAAGGAGAAUACCAGACAGCAGAGUCCACUGCUGUAUCUACUUUCUCCCUGCCACUGGACACAGGUUACGCCCAAUCGACGUUGAAUUCAUGAAGAGAUUGGGGAACAUAGUGAGCAUCGUACCUGUCAUUGCCAAAGCUGAUACACUCACCAUUGAGGAGAGAUUGGAUUUCAAAGAGAGGAUAAGGCAAGAUUUGACAACCAAUGGAAUUUGUGUUUACCCCCUGAAAGAGUAUGAUGCAGAUCCAGAGGAACGUAUCCUCAAUGACAGGAUCAGGGAUAGCAUUCCUUUUGCUGUGGUGGGGACAGACAAGGAGCACCAGGUGAAUGGAAAAAAGGUGCUGGGUCGUAAAACAAAGUGGGGAAUAAUUGAAGUUGAAAAUGUUGCACACUGUGAGUUUUCUAACCUGAGAGAUCUACUUAUCAGAUCUCAUCUGCAGGACCUAAAAGAUGUGACGCACAAUAUUCACUAUGAGACCUAUCGUGUCCAACGGCUGAACCAGAGCAACAUGGCCUUCAGUGAACUGGGACUGUCCACCUGGCUGUUGGGAAAUGGAACUGGGGAAAAAUUUGAAUCAGAGAGCCAUCUCUGAUCCUUCCAUUAACCAGCUAUCAGUCAAAUGUCACCUAAAGGAUAAUAGCAAAUGCUUCUUAUUCAUUUAAAAUCAGUUGAGGGUGGAAAUAAACUACUCCUAUACUUGUAUGAAAAAGGAAUGAUUUUUAGAAAAUAUAAUCUAUUUUCCUUGUUUUUUUAAUGGACGAAACUGCAUGAAACAGAUAUGAAGGGCAGGAGAGAACAUGCAACACAAUUUGACACAAAGAGAUUAUGCAAAAUCAUUUGUUGGCCCGCAGUAUCCAGGCCUCUUAGUAUCCACUAAAUAAAUGGUUGAAAGUACAGUAUAUGGCAGUUCAGACAUAUCAUCAAACAUCAGCAAUGGAAAAACAGAAACUGUUUGACUUAAUCUAUGGUGCUCUCAUCACAAGAUUACCUGCAAUAUAAAAUAGAGUGUAUGGGUAUCUUUGAACUUUUUAAUUUACUUUGUA